AAACUUCCCAUUUGACUACCGUGUGUCACUACUACUCACUUGUCGUCUAAAAAUUCUAAUGAUAAGAUGUCAUUUUUUGUAGGUAGAUCAUAUAAAAAUUGGUUGUUUAAAUAUCUGUGAUAAGAAAAAAUUCUAAAGAAAGUUAUUUUGAAGCGUAGUGUACGUAGUGCUUGUUGUUUUCAAGAUUUCUAUAAAAAUUCCAUUUCCAAAAACUAUUAUUACGUCAAACUUCCUCUAUAGUGGUUGGCUAGUAAACAUGGCCGCCUAAAAAGUGAAUCCUAGCUCAUAUGUCUUUUGUUGAUUGAAUUGACGCAAAUUAUUUUGGAAUGGAACUUCGAGUCGGUAAUAAAUACAGACUGGGACGAAAAAUUGGGUCCGGUUCUUUCGGCGACAUUUAUUUAGGCACAAACAUUUCGACGGGGGAAGAAGUGGCAAUCAAAUUAGAAUGCAUAAAAACGAGGCAUCCGCAGUUACACAUCGAAUCGAAAUUUUACAAAAUGAUGCAGGGUGGAGGUAAGUCGAAACCGCUAUUCGAUCGAGGGUUUAAUCGUAGCGUUACAGUCGGUAUUCCACAAAUUAAAUGGUGCGGCUCGGAAGGUGAUUAUAAUGUGAUGGUGAUGGAACUGUUAGGACCCUCCUUAGAAGACUUAUUCAACUUCUGUUCGAGGCGUUUCUCAUUAAAAACAGUGCUACUAUUAGCAGACCAAUUAAUUACACGUGUAGAUUUUAUUCAUUCAAGAAAUUUUAUACAUCGGGAUAUUAAACCCGACAAUUUUCUCAUGGGAUUGGGUAAAAAGGGUAAUUUAGUGUACAUAAUCGAUUUCGGACUAGCUAAGAAAUAUCGUGAUGGUAGGACACAUCAGCACAUACCGUAUCGGGAGAACAAAAAUUUAACCGGUACGGCGCGAUACGCGAGCGUAAACACACAUUUAGGUAUAGAACAGUCGAGGCGAGACGACUUGGAGUCUCUCGGCUACGUUUUAAUGUACUUCAAUAGAGGUUCGUUACCAUGGCAGGGAUUGAAGGCGGCCACGAAGCGGCAAAAGUAUGAACGAAUUUCCGAAAAGAAAAUGUCGACUCCCAUCGAAGAUCUCUGCAAGGGUUAUCCGAUUGAGUUUCCCACGUACUUGAAUUAUUGCCGACAAUUACGCUUUGGAGAGAGGCCGGACUAUGGUUAUUUAAGACAACUAUUUAGGACAUUAUUUCAUAAACAAGGUUUUACAUAUGACUAUGUAUUUGACUGGAACAUGCUUAAGUUUGGCGGGUCGCGCGCUGGCCACGUAGAGGACGCAACCCGUUCGGGUCAGAGGUACGAGUCGCACGCCGUAACGCCGGGCGAUUCCACACCUUCGGCGCCGCAGGCGAGGACGAGACGAACAAUUACCGUUUCUAACAAUGCACCCGUAAAUCCUCUCGAAGAUAUUAUUACGAGUGAUUCACCUCGCAUUUAUUUUAGUCAAGAGAGAAGAAUAUCGAUGAGAUUAAGAGCUGGUCAGGCGGCGCCUAACGCUUCAACUUCCGAUAUUAGUAAUUCCAAACAAGCCAACGCCUCCGGAGUGGCAACGGUGCCCCCAACCCAGGCAACGUGCCAGGUCGUGCCAGCUAGAAGAGGCAGCGGUUCUAAGGAUCCACCUACCCGGCUCAAAAAGUAAGAGUGUCGUCGGUGGUACCAAUUUAUAUUGUGUAUCUUAUUAGAAAUUAAAGAACAUUGUGAUGUUUCAACUGUUUUUGUACAUAAGCAUUUUCUCCUGCAAUUUAUUUAUAUAUGACUUCAAUACUGGUAGUGUUCGUCUAUAAAAUUAUGAUCCGUAUUAUACAAUUUUGGUUGUGUAAAUUACAAAAAAAAUCUGAUUAAAUACUCAGUGUGAAUAGUGAAAUUUAAACUAACUAUAAAUUUAUAGAGGAACAUAAGUACAGCAAAACUGUACGCAACUGUACUAAGGAUAUUUUAGAAAUAGCAGUGCACAUAAUACACUUUCUAUGUUAUUGAAGUGUGAUCGAGAUUGGUUAGUGCUAAGUUUAAGAAUGAUUCUUGAAAAAAUUUUUGUAUAUAUUGAGACUGAUUUGUUUGUAAUAUUGUAUUAGUGUAUAAUAUCGGCACAUCAUUAUUACUAAGAAUCGUAAAUACAUUUUCAAAAGUUACAUUUCCACGUCCAGAUUGUAGCGAGGGAGUUUGGUUUUCCUGUUUUUAAUCAUAACUUCCACUAAUUACACAAGUAACUGUAGGUGUAUAAAGUUAUUAGUAAUGUGGUAACAAUACCGAGCGGGUUAUUGAAUGAUACUGAUAAUGUGAUUAUUAUAAAGUGUACACUAUACCAAACUAUCACUAAUUAAAAUAUAGCAUUGUAACUAUUAUUUUCAUGUUCAUUUUUGUACACAUAACCUCAACUCAUCGUUCAUAGGUCAUCAGAAUGGGUCGCGCCAGAUUUUUGAUGAUCUGCAAUGCAAUACGCGAAAGGAGGUUUUUGAAUUAUUUUGGCUCAUGAACACUAACCUCCCUUUGUAGUGUUGAAAUAUUGAACAUCGAAGAAUAAUUUUGUUGCUGUUUAGCUGAGAGAUCUUUUUUAAUUGUCUAUAUAUAAUGUAUGUUAUUCUGUACCCAUUCGAUUACAAUGACUGAGUCUUUACGAUAAUAGAGUGGUGUAAUAAUAACGAUGUUGUUUGUAGUUUUAUAGAGAACUGGAUUACCCACUUAAUAUAUAAUAUAUUACGAUAUAUAACUCAUCUCCGAAUUUUUUAUAUGCAAAAAAUUUAAUAUACCUAAUCGACAUUGAAUGUUGAUUGUUAAUUUUGUAUUAAUAAAGUAACCCACGUAGGAAUAUGAGAUGACUUCCUUUCGUUUUCGUCAGGUCUGUUACGAGUUAAGUUUUUUAUGUUAGGUUAAUGGCGCAAACUUUUACUAAAGGUCCUAUGUAGUACAAAAUUGGCAUUUAUGUAGUUGGUCUAUGUGUUGCAGGUAUUAAUGAAGGCAUGCAGUCUGUAUUUCAAUACAAUAUUUAGAUUUGU